UUCCCCACAAGCUCUGACCAGCCACUUGGACUGGCGCCGUCUUAGUAGCGUCAAGUGAUGCUGUAGUCGUAGGCGGCACGCGGACGCUAGAUUCCGCCCUGUAACGUUGAGACAGCGUAGCAAAAGAACGCGGAAUCCGGAGGAGGCUAAUGCAGAUACUAUCUGUACUAUCUGUAGACUAACUAGUAGAACGAAUUCCCAAGAGACUCGCCAGUAGACUGUGCAGAUUUAAUAAUGUUUCCCUCUCGAUGGUCAUAUUGUGACCAAUUCGUCGACUCGCCGGACAAAGUGGCGCGCGGCAUGGAAGGGAAGCCCCGCCCAGGCCAGUCGCACGGUGCCGACGGGCAGCGCCGGAUUCAAGAGGCUGGAGCACCCGUGCAGCAGCACACACGGAAAGAGCAGCCUGCGGACCAGGCUCUCAAAGUCUCUGGCGGUGGACCACCGCACGGCGGCGAUCCGCCGAUGAUGGCACGCUCCACGAAAGCUCAUCCUCGUGGCGUGCGCCGCAUCGUGGAAGGCAGCGCUGGGCUACUAGUAGGGCAGAAUGGUAUCGCUUUGAGAGCGAACACGAUGGAUAGCUCGUCCGCUGCAUCGGCGAUGGACUCUGGCAGUGUAUGUCCUCCUCUAGGGCCGCAGCAACAGCUGUGGGGACAGCUGGGGCAGCAGGAGAAUCAGCAGCAGCAGGGGCAGCAGGAGAAGCAGCAGCAACAGCAGGGGAUACCUCAGCAGCAGCAAAGACACUCAGGACCUGCCCAGCUUAGCCAGAGUCAGCUACCAUCACGAGUCUGGCAACCAGCGGAGCUUUCUCCCAUGGUACAGCCCGUGCAGCCAGGGACGCACCAGGACCACAGGCAAACACCUCAGCUGGAACAACCAUACAGGCAGUCCAAGGACGUGCUAGAAUCGGCAGCUUCGUUGUCACCGGCGCAUCUGUCAUUCCAGCCACAAGACGUGGGGCUGUGGAAUGGGAAACAAGUGCAACGGGAGCAAGAAACACUGCACCCAGACCAGCUUCAGCAGCAACCGGAGACACAACGGCAAUUCACACCACCACCCCAGCCAGCAGCACCGCUACAGCCACAGCUACGGAUGCCUCAGCCAGUGCCGCAGUCGCCACAGGGGCAGCUAAGGUUGGAGCAACUGUCGGCGCAGCUACAGCCGCUGCUGCAGCAGCAGGUGCCAGGUGGCACAAAUGACCCCGUUGACCGAUCUCAGUCGGAGCCGACACGCAAGCGCACGGCGCGCAGCCGGAACUACACCCAGCCGGGGAAGUACCGGGGGGUGAGGAAGCGAGGAGAGGGACGGUUCAUCGCGGAAAUCAAGGACACGACUUUCGGUGUGCGCAAGUGGCUGGGGACGUUCACCACAGCAGAGGAAGCCGCCCUGGCGUUCGAUCGAGCUGCGGUGGAGAUUCGAGGGACGAACACCAAGUUGAACUUUCCGGAGCUGGUUCUCAAGGGUGGGGGAGCAGAUGUGCCAGCAUCUGCAGAAAGAGGGGAAGCAUCCGUGGGAGCUGCAGAGAUGGCGAUCGGGACUACUGAUUUGGGGGUGCAGAGGACACGUGCUGGGCGGGUCAAGCAGGGAGGUCGGUGUGGCUCUGGAAAAGAAAAGGAGGAGGAAAGCGAUGGGGAGGCUGCAGCUGGGUGCAUGGGUGAGGAUGGAUUCUGGCAAAGGGCGUAUGGAGAGUCGAUGGACUUGGUGCCACAACCAGUCGGUUUGGAAGCUGCAACAACAGCAGCAGCAGCAGCAGACAUGGUUGGAGCCAGUGCUAGUGAGGACGUGGCUGGGGUGCUGCGGCCUGGCGACAGCUCCACUGCCAGUGGAAGCAGCUCCGGCAGAGCCGACCCUUCUACCUCGUCCGCCUCUGCGCCUGCAUCCAUACUCUCCAUCCCUCCUGCCAUGUUCCUCCCUCAAGAGCCAACUCCCAGCUGCCUGGCGACCAAUGGGGCAUCUGCCACCCUGGCGCCUGAUUGGCGGCUCACAGAGGGCAUUGAAGGCAUGCCGGGUGAAGGUGCUGCUGCUGGUGCUCCUGCUGGUGCUCCUGCUGGUGCUAGUGCUGGAGGUGCUCGCGCUGUUGCUGGCGGUCUUGAGGAGGAAUAUGGAUCGGAGGAGUUCCCUGUAGUAGAGGAGAGCAGUGGGAGUCAAGAGAGUGUGGCUGGAGAAGAGACAUUGCAGGAGAGUAGAAUGGAGGUUGGAAGCGACAUUAUAAUGGGUGGAGAGAUUCAGAUGGAGGAUCUGGCUGCCUUCUUCAAGUCGCCUCAACUCGACCCGUCUCAGCACCGACUCUGGGCGCCACAGCUGCCGCUGCCACAGCAGACGCAGCAAGAGUGGCGCCAACACCAGCAGCAGCAGGUGCAGCCACAGCAACAAUACCAACAACAAGAACAGCAUCAAUGGGAAGUACAGCAAUGGCACGGGCAGCCACAAAUGGUGCUUCAGCGGCAACCCAAGCAGGAUGAGAAGGCAAGUCCGCCUGUUUCUGAAUCCCCACACCCCUUCCAGUCGUGGGCCAUCACAGCCGCCAUGCCCCUCUCCCUCGCCAUGGCUCAUCGCAGCAGCCCCCCACGCCGAGGCAUGGCUGGCCAAGCAGCACUGGAAGGACGAGCAGAGACAGAGGCGAGUGCUCGAUCAAGAGAUAAUCAAACCUCCGUUCAGCUGAAAUCGGACGCAGGCGAGUUUGGAGAAGCUUCGGAGCUGCUUCCACCGCAGCAGUGUGCAGCAAUACAUGACUCGUGGUACGAGGGUGGUCAGGAGGGCGAACUGAGUCAAGCGGCUGCCGUUGUGGCGGCACUGGAAGCCAUGGUUCCUGGGCUGCCAGGCCAAGCAGGCAGGGAGCACCCCGCAGGCGUGCAUCAGGCGUUCCGGCAACAACCCAAGGCAGCGCAGAGUGAGGCGCUUGAUGCGGCCAUGCGUGGUGAGCGUGAGCUCCAUCCUGGCUGGGACGGCGGAGGGCUGCUGCUGGGGAAGAGCGAGCAGCAUGUGCUUGAAGCAGCAUUGGGCGGCACGUGGGAUGAGGCUCAUGGUCACACAGCAGCGGCGGCAACAUGGGACCUGCCAGCCAGUGCAUGGAGCAGCGAGGCCAUCGAGAACUUGGUGCUCAGCGAUGGCGAUUUGCUCCAAGGGCCAGUGGCAGAAGGCAUGGAUGGAGCGCGGCAUAGUGCCAUGCCGUACAGUGUGAAUGGCCUGCAGAGCGUGUCUGCUCCCAUCGGACAACACCAUCAGCAGCAGUGCCAGGAGCAACAGCAACAGCAGUACAGUAACUAUCAGCAGCAGCAUCUGCUGCCGCCGCUACCGCUGCCACAGCAGCAGCAGCCCCAGAAUGUUUCUAGUGCACCUUAUUGGAAGAAUGUUCUUCUCUCUGCUGCAGCCUCCUGGACCAGCGAUGAGCACUUGAGUGAAGGAUGGAGGGAGCAGCUAAGGAGGGGUGAGCUGGUGGAGCCAAGCAUGGGUCACCAGCUGCUCUCUCAGCCUUGGCCCCAGCCACAUCCCGAGCCUCAGACAGCUCACAACCGCGCUGUUUCCUUCUCCCUGGAGCCAUCAUCAGCUGUCGCAGCAGCUUUAGAACCCGAGCCGGGGGAAGACAGUGUGGAUUGUGCAGGUGGCCUUGGUGCAAGGGCUGCUGCAGAUACAGAUGGCAGUGAGGGCCUCGCGUCCUCCCUGGUGGAGAGAAGAGCAUGAUGCCGGGAAGGUGGGCUGCUUAAUGCGAGGCAGGGUGAGAGGAGGGUGGUGGAGCAGCAGCCCAGUGCAUGAGGCCGCAUGCACGCUCAAAAGCCCGUGGACAGCAGUCUGCCGCCCAUGCGGCGCCACACCAGCAAUUGUUGCAGGCAGCAGCACAGCAGGAGCGUGUGCUGGCACAGAAUCAGCAGCCACCAUGGGGCAGGGAGCACAUGUAGGAGGGGGAGUGCAUGCAGCAAGCCCUCUCCAGCAUUCUAACAGACCAACCACUUCAGGCAGCACUUGAGGUGGCCAGGAUAAAUCAGUGGCUGUGCAGUGGCAGUUGCGGUAGACAAGCCAGCCCAUGCCUGCCUUUUCUGUACCUGACCCUUUUUAUGCAGACAGGAGUGCCAUUAGAAUCUUCCUAAAACCUUGUUGCUCAUCCUCUGGAAUGCAUGAUACUUUUAUUCCUUAACAUAUC